CUGGUUAAUGUGUCCAAAGGGUGACAGUCUCUCAGAGGAAGUGGAUCUGACUCUUCCUAAAGAUGUGAUAGAGGGAUCAGCCAGAUCCUCUGUUUCAGUCAUUGGAGACAUAUUGGGUCGUUCACUGAAGAAUUAUUUGCACAGAUUAUUACAGAUGCCUUACGGCUGUGGAGAACAAAGCAUGGCUGUUUUUUUUUUUCCUAAUAUUUACAUUUUGCAGUAUCUGGAAAACACAAAGCAGCUCACCUCAGCCAUCCGUGAGAGAGCCAUCAGCUAUAUAAUGUCAAACUCAACAGGACUCCAAAUACAACUGAACUACAGACAUAACAGUGGUGCAUACAGGACAUUCGCAAAUGGUGAUUUGAAUGCAUGGUUGACUGCCUUUGUCAUGAGGUCUUUUGGGAAAGCACGGAAAUACAUAUUUAUUGAUCUAUACAUUAUUCAGAGUGCAAAGCGAUGGUUAAUAAGAAGACAGAAUUCAGAUGGCUAUUUUAUCCAACAGGGAAGACUGUUCAACAACAGAAUGAAGGUAGUGAAUGAUAAUGUGGCCAUGACUGCCUACAUUACUGCAUCAUUGCUUGAACUGGAAACUGGGUGGUUGGGUGCAGUCCUCCGGAUCCAGUCCAUACUCACCCCAGAUGUGGUGGCUCUUCAGGCUCUGUCUUUGUACGCCACCAAAGUGUUCAGCUCUGAUGGCUCCAGCACAGUGACUGUACAGUCAGCAGGAGACACUCACCACUUUGAUGUCAAUCAGAACAACAAGUUACUGUACCAGGAGAAGCAGCUGCAGAACGUUCCAGCCAAAUACAGCAUUGAAGUGAAGGGCUCAACCUGUGUGUCUGUGCAGGUGGCUCAGUUCUACAACAUUCCGACUCCUAUUGAAGCUAAAACAUUGAGUAUUGAUGCUAAGAUUGAGGGAAACUGCAAAACACUGGGACAAAAUUUUAUAUUGAACUUCACUAUCAA